AUGGAUCUCUUCCACUCCCCCCAAUUCUCAAAUUAUGUCAAGAAGGCCCUCGACUCCCACAAAAUUCCAGGUAUGGGGGUCUCGAUUGUACAAGGCCGUACAAUCGCAUCGGCGGCAUUCGGCAGGUCAAGUGUAGAUCCAUCAACGAACUUUACCCCUGACACGCUUGUUGGCAUCGGCUCUAUUUCCAAAUCCCUCACCGCUGCCGCGGUUGCACUCCUAGUUCACGACAAUGUAAAUUAUCCUCAGGUUCAGUACGAUGCUACUAUGUCGAGCCUUCUACCUGAUGAUUUUGUUAUGCCUGGUGAAGACCACAGGGAUGUUACCAUAGAGGAUAUUUUGACCCACCAGACUGGUAUGCCGGCACAUGAGUUCUCCAUGUUUGGUUCAAACGCGGAGCAGCCGGAUGACCCUCGCUCAAUUACAAGAAACUUGAGAAAUUUGCCCACCAUAGCGCCCAACCGGAGUGGAUUUAUGUACUCCAAUAUGAUGUAUACUGUUGCCUCCUACUUGGUGGAACAUGUUACCGGAGCCAGCUUUUCAGACUUCCUGGAGAAGCAAAUAUUCCAACCACUAAAAAUGGAGUCCACCAGUGUCCAACCGGGUCGCGCUUUAGCUAAGACAAAAGGACGGGACAUUUCGGUUGGCUAUAUAUGGGUUAAAAACACCAAGACGUUGAAACCAUCGCCUUACAUGGACCACCCAGAAUCUCAAGGCGCUGGACAAAUUAUCACAACGGCCAGCGACUACGCUAAAUGGAUCAAAGCUAUGGUCAAUCGAGAAGGGCCAAUAAAUGAGGACAUUUACGACGCGCUGACGAAGAAACGAGUGAUGGAAGAUCCACCAGAAGACCAAGCUUCAGAGAACCCGUUGUUCUAUGGACUCGGCUGGCAAAUUCAAAUUUAUUCUGAUUAUACUGUUGUGUCUCAUGAGGGUGGAGAGGCUGGAUCUUUGGCUGAUAAUUUUUUCGUUCCAGACCUCAACUUUGGAGCAUUCAUCUUCUGUAACGCCAACAAUGCUCAUAACCUUAUCAGCUUAGUGAAGUACCGACUGCUUGAUGAGGCAAUACUCGAGCAUCAAGGAAAGGUUUUAUCUUGCAUAAACAGCAAUCUUGAGUCUGGCAUUGAGCCGGAUGGGGGGCUAGACCUUGAUUUUGGUGAUCAUGACGACGUUUAUCAUGACAUUGUCCAAUUAGAAGAUGAUCUUAUACAAGAGCUGUGCCCUGGUAUAAAAGAACUACAGCCCCAGAAAAUACCACUGGACUCCUACACUGGGAAGUAUUGGAAUCAGGGUUACCGUGGAAUCAAGAUUGAGGACAGAGGUGGUCAACUCUUUAUCGACUGUACUGAUCGAACAGCCCCAUUUACUCUUACUUUCAAGCACAUAUACAACCAGACGAAGUACAUUGGAUAUGUCAAAGAGGCCUACGAAACCGACACAUUCCCAGUCAAAGCAGAAUUCGUACUCGAUAACAAUAGAGCAACGAAGGUGGGACUGCAGCUGGAACAAAUCAUGGAUGGAUAUAUCUGGUUCGAACGAAGAAGCCAAUAG